AUGGCUGCCUCGAAAGAAAGCAUGCCAUCCAAACCAGAGGAUAUCGAAACGCGCUCCAUAUUUUCAAUGCAAGAGUUAGACCCAUCACCAGUACAAGAUGAGUUUCCAGACCUUGAAUCUGGUGACUACUUCCCCAGAGAACCAAGUCCGCCAUCGGCACGCGAGCCCAUCGCCGGGGGUGGUCGGUUCUCGUCGCUCAAGUUAGGCCUUCGCGGACAUAGUUGGGAUUCCUGGUUAUCUGCGUUCCAACGAUACUCGACGUAUCCACCGACCCUAUUCUUUGCAUUGCAUUGGGCCAAUACCUCUCUCAUCCCUCUGGCUACUCGAUCUGUGCCCGACAGCGAGAGCUUCCUGCUUCUCACCAGACCCGUCUAUCAAUCUCCGGGCCUCGAACAUCUCGUUCUGACCGCGCCUGUUCUGAUUCAUAUUGCGUCUGGAAUUGCUUUGCGCAACAUCCGCUCCGCACGGCGGGCUCGACUCUAUGGCGCCGACACAAGGUCACAGAGACACUCCUUGACGUUUUGGCCUCGGAUGAGCCUCCAAGCUCGGUUAGGAUAUUCCUUAGUUCCGUUACUCGGCGUCCAUGUGCUCGUCAACCGCAUCACUCCGUUGAUGGUUGAUGGGGGAAGCUCGGGAGUCGGGCUGGGUUAUGUGGCCCACGGCUUUGCACGGGCCCCCGCACUCUGGAAUCUGUACUAUUUGUUAUUCGUCGCCGUUGGGGUGUGGCACUUCGUCGGCGGCUGGGCUGCAUGGAUGGGCUGGAGAGUGACAACGGUCCGGAAGGAACGUGACCGAAAGAAAGGCUCCCUAGAGGGUUAUCUGGGAGCCUCGGAAAGUGAGCAACGACUCCGCCGACAGAGGAAGAUGUGGUGGACGGUCAACGGCAUUGCCGCGUAUGACGGCACUGAGUACAGAGCAGUGAAGGAAGGAUUGGCGUACAUUCUGAACCCCCCGGCUCAGGCUCCCGGUACGAAAAGGGAUCGCAAAGCUGACGAGCAAUCGCAAUCAGUCUUCUACAACCCUAUUCAACAAUUCAACCGGGACCUUAGUGUCCUUGCCAUUCGCGCAUAUGGGGAGCAUUUGCUGGCCUUGAAGAAACAGAAGGCCGAGAAGAAGAAGCAAAAGGCUGCGGCGAACGACUCCGCGAAGGGCAAGAAACGCAAGAGAGAAGAGGUCGAUGGCAAGGAACAAACGCAGGAUCAGAAUCAAGGCCAAGGGGAUCAGACUGCAGCACAGCAGGCAGAGCAGGACACGGCGCCAUCUUUUACGAUUCUAGACGCCCUCUCGGCUACGGGUCUGCGUGCCCUGCGAUAUGCUUCGGAGAUACCUUUCACUUCUUGCGUCGUCGCAAACGACCUGUCGCCCUCGGCCAUUGAAUCCAUGAAGACGAACAUCAAAUACAACAGUCUCGGCGAAAAAAUCCGUCCCAACACCGGGGAUGCGCGCUCUUACAUGUACAGUCUUCUAAACCAACAAGCCAAUACCCCAACUGUCGAGAGCCACCUAGGAAAAUUCGACGUGAUUGAUCUGGACCCUUACGGCUCUGCUGCACCUUUUAUGGACGCUGCGGUUCAGGGAGUCAAGGAUGGCGGUCUUCUUUGUGUUACCUGUACCGAUGCAGGUGUCUGGGCCUCGUACGGGUAUCCCGAGAAGUCGUUCGCCCUAUACGGCGGAAUCCCAGUCAAAGGACCGCAUUGCCAUGAAGGUGGCCUGCGUCUCAUCCUGCACGGGCUUGCAGCCUCCGCUGCGAAAUAUGGUCUCGCGAUUGAGCCACUUCUCUCCCUAUCGAUCGACUUUUAUGCCCGAGUCUUCGUCCGUGUCCACCGCUCUCCGGCCGAAGUCAAGUAUAUCUCUGGAAACAUGAUGAUGGUCUAUAAUUGCGAUGCUGGCUGUGGCGCGUGGUCAACUCAGCCUAUCACCCAGACGAAACAGAAGCUGGACAAGAAAGGAAAUCCGUUCUACCACUUCGGCUUCGCUCAGGGUCCGGUAGCAGAUAGUCGUUGUGGCCAUUGUGGCUCUAGGACUCACCUCAGCGGUCCUAUGUGGGCUGGCCCUCUUCACAAUGCUCAAUUUAUCCGCAGAAUCCUUGAUAUGCUCCCCCAGGCAGAUAGGAACGUGUAUCACACGAUUGACCGGAUUGAGGGAAUGCUGACUACGGCAAUGGAAGAAGAUCUGAAUCUAGAAAUUUCUAGUGACGAAGCAAACCAAACACCUACUGGCACAGUUGGUGGGGAUAUCUCCGAGAACGAAUACUCUGCAAUCAUCCCGCGGCUCGAUCCCGCCGCCCGGGAAGAAUACCCCUUCUACUUCAGUCUUAGCGCCUUAUCCAAAGUCUUGCAUACAUCCACAAUUUCCAUUGAUGCCAUGCGUGGGGCUAUUCGACACCUUGGCUAUCGAUCAACCCGCAGCCACGCCAGACCGAAUACGAUUCGUACCGAUGCUCCUUGGGAGGUGAUCUGGGAGAUCAUGAGGGAAUGGGUGAGACAGAAGUCUCCCAUCAGAGAAGGCGCCCUAAAGCCCGGAAGUCCCGGCGCUGUCAUUAUGUCCAAGAGCAGGGAGAACAUUCAAGGCCGUGAGGGGGAAGACCCGUCUCUGGCGCUUCUCAAGACCGAGCUUCAAGCAGUCACAGAGGAAGCAAAAGAUGUCAAAGAUAUGAUUACCAAAAUUGAAGCUGCCUUGUAUCGCUCCGGUGCCCGUCAAGCGUUGGGGAGGAAGAGAAGGGAAUCUGAUCCUCCGCGUGAACAGCCGGGAACAACGCAGAAGGAUCUCCAGGACACAAAGCCUCCCCGUAGCCCCAAUGGUGCAGGCAGACCGCACCCUAGCACGCUGGAGGUUGUAUUCGAUGAGGCCUUGGGUAGGGAGACGGCCAAGAAGCGGCUGGUGCGGUAUCAAAUUAAUCCUCGUGAGAACUGGGGUCCUCUGAGCCGAGCAUCCGGAGGCAAGUAG